GAACUCCUCAAUAAAUACUUCCAGCCUCAUCCACUGCCCCCUCUUCUACGUUCACUAAACACACCCCCCCUUCUUCCAACCUUCACAUCCUCUCUUUCUCUCUCUCUUUCUCCUCAUUGGACCUCUCUUAAAUUGUAAGUCCGCGAUGUCGAAAAGAGCAAGUAAGCGAGUGAGUUUCAGUCCUGAUGUCAACGAUAAGCCAACAAUGCUUCUAAAACACGGUGGUUGUAGCAGAGCUUCCGGGCACAGGAGGAGGGUUGCUGUAAUUUGGAGUUUCAGGCUUCCCAGAAGUUCAAGUUUCUCGCCGGCGAGGUUUCUGAGGCGGCUUGGGGACAGGGUGGUUAGAGCUUUGCGUUUCAUGUCCAUGAGAAGGCGGUCUUCACGUAGAGUUUCUUCGUCGAGUUUGACAAGGUCAAGAUCACUGGUAGAUCCAAUUGACUCUCACCGAGCUGAAGCCAUAGAGGACUGCAUCGAGUUUUUAAAUUCUUCCGCCUGUUUUCAGCGGUCCAAUUCAGUUUCUGGGAGUUCUUGCUAGCGAUUUGGGCCAGUCAUGGAAGAGAUGUAAAUGGGAGCAACAAGGAAUUUAUGAUUCAUUCAUCAUAAGGAGUUUAAUAAUUUCUUAAAGAUCAUUCACAGCGUAAUUCGCAUGCAUUGUUUGGUGUGGUAGAUUACCAACAGUAGCAACCUAGUUUUAUGGAUCAUGCAUCCAUCGGAAGUCCUGUCCAUCCAGGUCAACGGCAAGUUUCCUCCUCCUGUUUUUGUUCUUUGUUUUCCAAAUGCAUUAAUUAAAAGCGCAAAAUAAUCCUAAAAGUCAA